CGCCGUAAGAUGCGCCAGCGCUCCAAGUAAACGAGCAGUAAAACACGCGACGAAUCUCCUCGUCUUUUAGCGACACGUAGGCGAGCCCGGACUCAACCACCGGCUCCGCGAACCCAAACCCUAGAACUUUUCCGAAGCGAGCGAACGCGCCGACGGCGACUCACGUUGCACGAUGCGCCAGCUCAAGCACCACGAGAAGAAGCUCCUCAAGAAGGUCAACUUCCUGCAAUGGAAGAACGAGCACAACCACCGCGAGGUCGAGGUGAUGCGCAGGUACCACCUGCAAGAUCGCGACGACUACAAGAAGUACAACAAGCUCUGCGGCAUGGUCACCAAGCUCGUCAACAUUCUGAAGCAGAUGGAUCCCCGCGACAAAGAGCGAAUCGAGCUCACCGACGCGCUCCUCCAGAAGCUUUACGACAUGGGCGCCAUCCCUUCCAAGAAGUCACUGGCCCUGUGCGAUAAGUUGUCCGUCUCGUCCUUCUGCCGCCGACGCCUGUCGGUGAUCAUGGUGCGGCUCAAGAUGGCCGAGACCCUCCGAGAGGCGGUGACGUUCAUCGAGCAAGGACACGUUCGGGUCGGGCCGGAGACGGUCGUCGAUCCGGCUUUCCUCGUGACGCGGAACUUCGAGGACUUCGUCACCUGGGUGGACACUUCCCGGAUCAAGCGCAAGGUUGCCGCGUACAACGACAAGUUGGACGACUACGACCUGCUCAACGCGUGACGAUCCUCGCAUCUCAUCAAGUAGGGUUUGUCGUCCCCUCCCAGGGGUGUCGGCGGGAUACUUAGCUCGCGCCGGGCGUGUAAUUCACGGCUCCGGCGCACACUUCGCGUAUUUCUUCGCAGUUGUAACAAUAGUGAAGACGUGCGCGUU